AUGGCGCUGCCUGCCAUCGGAGAAGACGCCAAGAUGCAGAGUAAAUUAUGCAACGUCAUACUCUCGCCCAUGUCCAAUAACGGGUCACGACAUUGCUCUCCGUCGCUGUCUCCACACUCGACUUCUGUGGUCGUAAAUGCUCUUAAAAAACCCAUAAAACCCAAACUGUUGUGUACCCCUAAAACCUUGAACCCAUUAAACCCAUGGGGAUAUGUAAUAAAACCCCAGGAACAAGACACUAUGAAUCUGAUACCAAUCCGUCGACGAUUUUACAGUUCGGACAUUAUUUUACGGAACAAUAGUGGAAUCAAGACUAAAUUCCAUCAUGAUUUGGAAUACGGACACGGGAUGGGAAUGAAAAACCCAAUUGGGUUAAAUGAUUUGUACAAGAAGAAUAUGGGAGAAGCAGAAUUUGAACCAGAACCACUUUUUGAUUCGAACCAUUGUUCAUUUAGACGAAGAACGUGUUCGGAAAAUUUCACCAAAAGUUCACGAGUUCCAUCGUCAUUUUUUCAACGAAUUAAUUCAUUUUAUAAUGUGGAUUUGGAGAAAUUUAAUCAUCGAGAAGAAUGGAAAGAGAAUCAGAUUGGAAACGAGAAUGAAGAGAAGAGUGUGGAGGAAGAUGCGGGGGAUUUGGUGAUGGUGAACAUUCAGGAAGAAAUACUUGAGGAGGAAGAAAUGUCCGUGUUUACUGGAUUUUUAGAUGGUUCGUGGUCGUCGCAGUCUUCAAGGAUACAGUACAAUGAAAUGGAAGGUGAAUCAGCAUCUGGAUCGAACCAUUCAGUUGAAAGUGAUGGAAAGAAUCUGGAGAAACUACGGAAUUUGCAAAAACUGUAUCAGGAAGGAUUUAUUACGGUGACAGAGUACAAGGACCGUCGUGUACAGCUGGUGGACGAAUUGAGUGAAGCUGAUCAAACAAUAGCUAAGACGUCGGAUUUGCUUUCGUUGGAGCUGCCCAUAGUCUACCGAGAACCACCUGACUUUUUGCUCUUGCGCGAACGUAGUGCCAUUAAACACGUAUUUGACUCGGAGCAUCGCACGUGGACUUCGUCGCGAAUUAAAGUAAAGAUCGAUGCGGAACCGUUUGCUAAUGGUGGGCUUCGUCAAGUGUUCCACCUCCAGGAUCUCAGUAUGCCACCUCCUGCUCUGAGGGUGGACGAUGUGUCCGAGGAUAGUGUGAUGUCAAAGUGCACUAGCUACGUGGCAAAAAUCGCCAUCGACCCGAAUGAAAAUCCAGACACGUACUUCAAGGACGUAGAGAUGCAGGCUGUGGCCGCCAAGUACGCCAAGUUGUACAACUCAUACAACCCACCGCGCCGAGUUGAGUUUUUAGAGGCAUGUAUACUUCAGCUGAUUCCCACCGGUGCUAGUGAAGCUGGCGACCAGACCAUUGAGAAUCUAACGCUUAGUGGCACAAUUUGCGGUGUGGAACCCUUCAUUGCUGGCGAGUACCACAAACACAACAAUAAUUAUGGCUACGUGAGCGAACUGGAACGCAACACACCACAGGCGUUUUCACACUUCACGUAUGAGGCGUCUGGACAACAGAUUAUUGUGGUCGAUAUCCAGGGAGUUGGUGAUCACUAUACAGACCCCCAAAUCCACUCAAGACGUGGCAAGGAAUUUGGAAAAGGCAAUUUGGCUCUGCGAGGUUUCGAGCGAUUUUUGGGCUCGCACCGGUGCAACCCAAUUUGUCGAUAUCUGAAACUUCCUUUGAUUAACCCAAAGGACGAGGAGGACAGACAGGUAGACCUGAAAGGUACAAUACCAGCGCAGAUGUACAUGAGCCAGCCGCGCGUUACAAUAGACCAAGUUGACUCCGUCUUGUGCCAUUACUAUGGUGAUUUGAAGGCUUUCAAGCGAUAUGCUGCGAAGAAGAAACGUGAGAAAAAGAAGCGUGGAAAGCAUCAUUCAAAGAGUCACAGUAAACGAGGUCAUGACGAGAAGUGGCAAGCGCAAGAGUUUGGUAUAGAAGCGAUAGGUGAUUGUGAUGACAGCGGAAGUAUUGAGCAUGCGGUUGGGGCACAACAGGCUGGCAACAAGUUUGCGGCUGCUCUAGUUGACCACCACCGAUCAUGUUCUUCGUUCGUAUGCGACGGCGUCUCGCUGUGUAUCGUGUCGUAA